UCAUAUAAUAUGUGGGGAGUUUUUCACAAAUAAAAUUUCAGCGCACGCUAUGGUUCCUCGCGUGCUAGUUUCAAUUCUGCUUCUUGUAAAUAUUUACAACGCUGUUUUUGGGUCUAAUUUGCAAGGUGAUUGCUCGAAAGAUGGUUCUUGUGAUGGAGAUGAGGAAAAACGAAGCAAAGCUAAGUACACAAUGAAAGAAUCAUGGAAAAGAUAUCUUCAGGAAAUACAACAAGCUACCGCUAAAUACCAAGAUUGCUCAAACAAAAAAUGUGGUUGCUAUAGUGAUGUGAUUGAUGAUGAUUUAAGAAUUUGGAAAGAUAGAGGAGGAAUCACCAAGAAAGACUUUGAUAAUUCAGCUGAUCAUGGUGUACACUAUCAGAUUAUUGAUCAUAAACUCUACAGAGAAGAAAAGUGUAUGUUUACAUUCAGAUGUAAAGGAGUUGAGCAUUUUAUCCUGGAGCUUAUUGACAAUUUACCAGACAUGGAGAUGAGAAUUAAUGUCAGGGACUAUCCACAGGUCCCAAAGUGGUCCAGUCCUCUGCCUGUUUUCUCAUUUAGUAAGACAAGCAAUGAGAAUGACAUCAUGUACCCAGCAUGGACAUUUUGGGAAGGGGGGCCAGCUGUGUGGCCAAUUUACCCCACAGGACUGGGGAGAUGGGAUCUAAUGAGAGCUGAAAUUGACAAAAAAGCCAGUGAGUGGCCUUGGGAGAAAAAAAAGGCAAAGGCAUUUUUUAGAGGAUCAAGGACUUCUGCUGAGAGGGAUCCUUUAGUACUUUUGUCUCGUGAGGACCCAAGUCUUGUGGAUGCACAGUACACUAAGAAUCAGGCCUGGAAGUCUGAUGCUGACACAUUACAUGCUCCACCCGCCAAAGAGAUCAAGCUCGAGGACCACUGUGAAUACAAAUACUUGUUCAACUUUCGUGGAGUAGCAGCUAGUUUUAGAUAUAAGCAUCUCUUCCUUUGCAAGUCUUUAGUUUUUCACGUAGGAGACGCAUGGCUUGAAUUCUUCUACCGAGCACUGAGGCCCUGGGUACACUACAUACCAGUUCAAACAGAUCUUAACAAUGCCAGGGACCUUAUAGAAUUCGCCAAAGAAAAUGAUGAAGUUGCAAAAGGAAUGGCUGAAAGGGGAUAUCAAUUUAUAAAAGAUCAUUUACGAAUGAAAGAUGUGAAGUGUUACUGGAAAAAGUUGUUGAAGAAUUAUGCCAAACUGAUGCAGUGGAAACCUGAAAGAAACUCUAGAUUUCAACGAAUAACACCAUAGGAACAAUAACGAAUUUAAAUAACAAUCUUAGGAUGUAACCUUGUCUUGAAACUCCGAAAACUGCGAACGCCAGAAUUAUGCAUGGAAGUUUUGUGUCUCAAGGAAACCUCUUCUAGCUCGAGAUUUAAAUACUUUUCCGGCAGUGUUCUCUCGAUAUUUAAAGUGUCUUAGUUAUUUUAUACACCCGUUUGCAAGUGAUUGCUGAACUUUAUUGUGAUUGGUCAAGAAAACAAUUGACGUGUUAAUAUAUUUGUGCACGGUUUACUGAGUUUCACAAUAAAAGCACAUUUUAGUAACUGA